GCAACACUGUGCAUAUGAAUACUGAACUUGACAUUCAAAAAGGUUGUGCAAUAUGUCUAGUCAUGUCAGGAAGCAUGGACAUACCUUUGUGGUUGACUCCAAACAAAUGACGCAAUCUCUACGAACACUGAAACCACACAGAGAUUAAAAACAUGAACAAUUCUUCAGCCCAUAGAAGGAUCGAUGCUAUCUGUGCCAAACUUAAGACCAGCUGUAGCAACGCCAUUCCUGUAUCAAGUAAAACCAUUGCUGGCAAAAAUUUGGACAAUGUGUCGAGGAAUAAUAACAACACUCCAGGGAAUGGGAGUAGAUACUCUGCCGAAGAUUGUACUACACAGCACUGGUCUUGCAGUACUCAACGCAAACGAAGAAAAUCCAGGAGGCCUUGUAACAUAUUCCAUUUGUGGAAAAUUUCUGAGGGUCAGGACAUAUCUGACAGAGAGGAGGAUGAGAAGGAAGAAGAAAAUGAAGACUGGCUAAGGGCUGAUGGCAAAGAAAUGGAUGAGGAAUCGAAGAAUGAACGUUAUAGCACACCUCUACAAGAAGAAUACUCUUGUUUCAGCCAAACCCAGGAGUACUGUAACAAUCAGAGUUUUUUGCCUCCCAAUGAAAGCAGUGAUUUUAUAAAUGACGACUCAGUGUUAACCGAGUGUCGUUUGCAUACAGCCAGCACGGAAACCUGUGAUAAAAGAGAUGGGAGUCCUAAUUUAAGGAGUAGUAGUAGUAGUUUUAGUGAGUUUGUGCCCUUAGAUUUAACUGUGAACAAAUCCAAAGACAGCAAUAUGGAACACAGACAUUCUCCGUCCACGAACAUUCUUGAAAAUUCUUCUUCGAAUUCUUCCUCCGCUUCUUCGUCGUCGUUUUCAUCUUGCACCGAAUCGCAAUGUUCUGAUGUGCCUUGUCAGUCAGCUCCUGCUGUUGCACCUGGGCCCCUAACACUAGUGCAUAAGGGACCGGCAAACCAAAUAAUACCGCCUGUGUCCACUCCUCAACAGCAGCAACAGCAGCAGCAGCAGAAACAACAAUAUCAACAUCAUCAUGAUCAUGAUCAUGAUCAUCACCAUCCCCCACAUCAUCAUCAUCAUCAUCACCAUCAUCAUUCUCAUCAUCAACAGCAUCAACACCAGCAUCAUCAUAAUCAUCAUCAUCAGCAGCAGCAGCGGCAGAGACAGCAGCAAAGAAAUGGUCGAAACGUAUUGUUGAAAGAGUAUGCCGAAAGUACAAUGAACGAAGUGUUGACUAUGUAUGGUCUCGCAAACGGUGGUUUGGAACACCAUCCAACAAAAAUGGCUUCACACCGACCCUUGGUGGUCGGCGCCUGCAGUGCACUUAACAUGGAGCGUAGUUCUUUGUCAGCCAGUCCCGAUGUAACAACUUCAUCCAUGCUUGGCAAUGACGACACAACUGAGGGGUCGUUAGACGCUACUGAUACAUCUGCUUGUGAGAUAUCCGAUAAAACCGUCCCAGUUGGUCCGAUUCCAGAAAACGAAGAUACAGUGGACAUCAAGCCGAAUCUACCAUUGACUGGUCCAGAUGAGAACCAGGAACUUCCAAGCCAGGAUAUGGUCCUUGCGGAUACACCAAAGCUCAUUCCAGAAGGUGUCAACUGCCAUGUUGUUGCUUCUUCUAAUUACAUUCCAGAAUCUCUGAAUUACAUAACCAAACCCAACUUUGUGUCUAGUCGAACUAAUUGUCAACUUCCUCCUACUAACGAGCAGAUUGAAAUCAGGAAGUUACUCAAUACUGAUUACAGCAAGUAUUUGAAAAGAUUCAGUAGCAGCACAGAAUGCAGUGUGUCCCACUGCAAAGACAUGCACUACCGUGAACAUUAUCAUUGUUUUGAUUGCAAUUAUAAGGUGUUUUCCAAAAAGGAAGAAAUGGUUCGUCACUUUAAAUGGCACAAGAAAAGAGAUGAUUCCCUUCAAUAUGGUUUCAUGCGUUACAGCCCCAUGGAUAAUUGUAGUUCGCUCUACCCAAAUUGUUCUCACAACCGACGCCAAACACAUUACCACUGUUUGCAGCAACCAUGUGAUAAAGUCUACAUUAGUACAUCUGAUGUCCAGAUGCACGCCAACUACCAUCGAAAAGAUUCUGCUAUCAUUCAGGAAGGUUUCCAACGAUUCCGAGCCACUGAGGACUGUGGCACUCCCAGCUGUUCAUUCUACGGACAACGCACAACACACUUCCAUUGUCGGCGUUCAGAUUGUAAAUACACGUUCAAAAACAAAGCUGAUAUGGAAAAACACAAAAGCUACCACCAGAAAGAUGAACUGCUGGGACGGGAUGGUUUCAAGAAGUUUAUGAAGUAUGAACACUGCAAGUUCUCUCAAUGUCGUUUUUCUAAAGUCAGCAAUCACAUCCACUGUAUCAGACCUGAUUGCAAUUACAUCCUGCAUUCUACUGCCCAACUCUACUCACACAAGCGAAGACACGAACGCCGUGACUUUGAGAAUGCAUAUCGCCGUUUUCAAGAGGUGCGCCAUAACAAAGUGGUGGCUGUAGAUUUGAGCAGCAAUCAGCAGGCGCCAUCUCUCGCCGAACCAGGAUCCGGCACCGAGGCUGAAACAGGUCUUGGAGGGGGUGGAGAAGCAGCUAGUGACAAAUCCAGUACAGAUGUGACAAACACGCCAAGUACUUCUUCAUCCUCCUCCGUGGUACCAUCUCAAAAAUCCUCUCUGACUGCAAUGGUCAAUAAUAAUAAUAAUAAUAAUAAUAAUAAUAAUAAUAAUGGCAGUGGUAGUAGCCUGGACAAAUCAAUCUUAUCAAAUUCUUUGUGUCUUAGUACUGCUUCUUCAAACAUAUCUAUAGAGACUAAUAUCAAAAAUAUAAAGAAAGAAGCCAAAAUUGAAGAAGAUUUCAGUUACGUGGAUGAGAAACGGCAUCCAUCUCAGUUUCAAUCUUUCCAUCAAGAAUCUGCGUCUCCCAAGAACGACGAGUCCGGUUGCAACAUGGCGAUGUCUUGUGCAGAAUCUUCUGGAACACUGGCCAUGAGGGCUUCCAAACUCAGUGGAGAUUCUUUGAACAACUCUCUCAACUUACUGAUUCCGGUGAACUGCGGCAAGUCGGAACUUUACACCAACCACCUUAUCCUCAACAUGAACAGCAAUUCCGUUAAUGUUGGACAGGUGAGAGCUGGGGAUAGGAGAGAGAAGGAUGAAAACUGGAAAACCUAUCUAAAAAGGUAUACAGCAAAUGACCCCUGCAACCCACGCUGUGACUAUCUCUACAAGGACCACUACCAUUGUCAAGUGCUCGGUUGUACAGUGAUGUAUCGCUCGAAAGACGGAGUUCGCGAACACGCCAGAUUCCAUGAACUCCAAGACCAUAUCACAUCGAACUGCUACAUCUUGUACAAAUCUAGUGAGCCGUGUCUACAGAAGUGUGAGUUCAAUUUGAAGGAGAAGCACUUUCAUUGCCAAUAUUCUGCCUGCAACUUCAGCACGUCUUACUCUGAUGCUAGUUUUUCAAGACUUGAACAUUACCAGCUCCAACACAACCCCCAAAUGACGGCCAGUAAGUUAAAGCUAUCCUUAGUGAAGUAUGACCUCGAUGCCACAAGACCCCGACGGGGACGGCCCCCUAAGUAUUCCCGCAUUGACAUAUCACCUGUUACCAAAUUCGAACCCAUGCAUUCAGAACCCUUCAAAAUAUUCGGCGAAGAACAAAACGGUUGUGUGAGUGGCCUUCAAAAUAACCUGACGACAACAACAACAACAACAAUGGCAGCAGCAUCAUCAUCGAUAACUGACAGUUACAAGGUUUAUAAAGCUGGACAAGAUUGUCUUGACAAACUGUGUUUAUAUUUUAUGAAGGAACAUUAUCACUGUACGAAACCCCGCUGUCACCAUGCUACAGACCGACUGGAUGUCCUCAAUCUGCACAUCAAGGAUUUUCAUAGUUUUGUUAACAUACUGGAGGGCUUUCAGUUCUUCGACCACAACGUAGAUUGCCGAUACAAUCACUGUCAUUAUAACAAAGCCAACAAACAUUUCCAUUGCACUCGUCCACAUUGUGAUUAUUCUUUCGUUAGACACAGCACGAUGGUUCAGCACGACAAGAAGCACCAGAAUCACUCCUCGAACAACAAUGAUAACAACAACAACAACAACAGCAACAACUACAACAACACAUGCACUAAUACCAAACUCACCACUUAUGUUCCAAUCAUGCCGGCCGUUUCAAAAGUUGCCGUUCAACCUCCUUCUACUAAAGCAGUGAUCAAAUCAUCUGGGAUAUUUUAUCCUCUAUCUACAAUCCCUACCAGCCAGCCAUAUCCAGUUACCAUUCCGUCACAGACCCUGGUGUCAAACAGUAGUAACCUUACUAAUCCCAGGGUAAAUAUCAGCAUUCCUCUUAUGAGCGAGAUUAGUUCUCUGAGUUGCAGUUCUGCUGAGACAUCUGGGAGUUCUUCUUGUAAUGAUGCUCCUUCUUUACCAUUUCUCUUACAGCAGAAGAAGAUUGAAAGUACAUCUCAGUGUCAAAACUGGGACAGCAUCAGGACCCAAAUACAUUUCUCAGUGUAUCAAAAUUGUGGCCGUCCUUUCUGCAAGCUCAAGAAAAAAGACCAUUACCAUUGUCUUCAGUGUAACCAAGCAUUUUCUGAGUGUUCCCGAUUGCAAUAUCACUUGAGCAGGCAUGGCCUCAAGUUCCUUUCUAGUGUAGUUAAAGCCCCACUGUUAGAGAAUUCGCCAGCUGACUUGUCCGACGAUGGGAAUAGCAACUUCAGUAUUAAUUCCAAACAUAUGAAGAACUUUACUGAAGAAGCAGAAACCAUGGAUGAAGAAAAGGCCCCAUCUUUCUCCACUGGAUUAAAUAAUCCUAUGACAAUGUCAUCUGAUUUGGAUUCAAGGCUGUCAACAGGUUGUCACAUGGAUCGAAGAUCUCCCAGUAUGUGUUCCGGAAUGAACUCUUUUGGUGAGAGUAUCCCAACAGAGAGGUCAGAAAUUGACCAAGGGAAUGACGGUAAUUCCUUGUAUUUGGACAGUUCUCACAGGAAACGGAAAGCAAGUGGAAGCGAAGAAUUUGAAGACGAAGUAACAAUGAACAGGAAACAGCCUCAUCUCAUGAUGCCGUCCGAAACUGAAGCAUGUAAUACCAGUGCCCUUACUGCCUACCGAGCAGAAGGAGUCCCAGAGGGCUACAUUCGAAUACGAUAUAAUGAAGACUGUAAAUUUCAACGGUGUACGUACAAACAUAUGGUAACGCACUUCCACUGUCGACGGCAGGAUUGUGGCUACGGCUUUAGUGACCGAUCACGGAUCGUUCAACACAAGUUGCGACAUGAACGGAUCGACAGCAUCAUUGGCGAAGAUUUUAAGCAGUUCCGAGCCAGUCUCUCAUGCCACUACCACAAGUGCCAAUACGAUGCGAAAUCGUCGCAUUACCAUUGUCUGAAAUGUGACUUUGUUUGCACAGACACGACCAAAGUCACGGCACACCGCAAGCAUCACGUCAAGAUGGAGACAAUAGCAUCUCAUGGGUUCCAAAAAUUUGUCGGCAGCGAAGGAUGCAGUGUGCCGUCCUGUACUUCGUAUAAGAAGCAAACACACUACCACUGCAUGCAAGACGAUUGCAACUUUGCCGUUCUUGGUCUGUCACAGAUGACAUCACACAAAGUGAAACACAUCACCGAAUCAGCUAACUUAUAUUAAACAAUCACAUUUUAAUUGUACAACUACAACAAUGAUGACGAUCAUAAUAAUAAUAAUAAUAAUAAUAAUAAUAAUAUUAGUAAUAAAAAUGAA